AGGUUUGGGGGGCGGGGGGGGAAGAUAGAGAGAGGGAGAAGGCAAUGCAUUUCGGCUGAAACAGAAAAGGAGCCCAUCCGAUCGACCUUGACGGCGGAGAGAUGAGAGUCAUCGUCGCAACAAGCAGUCUAGUAGUGGCUGCUCCUUUUCUCUUUUCUCUGUUACGACUAUCGCUCGCCACGGUCGUCCUCAAUUCCAUCUCUGCCUCUUUUCCCGAUCUCCCCGCUAAAUUUGAGGGCUCCGUGACCAAAAACGGAAUAUGCGGAGCUCUAUACGUGGCAGAUCCUCUGGACGGCUGCUCACCGCUGGUCCACAACAACUUGACACAAGAGAAGUUCGCCUUGAUUAUACGAGGCGAAUGCUCUUUUGAGGAUAAGCUCCUCCACGCUCAGAAUUCAGGUUUUCGAGCUGUGAUUGUGUAUGACAACAUUGACAACCAAGAUCUCGUCGUUAUGAAGGUGAACCCUCAGGACAUUACAGUUGAUGCAGUCUUCGUUUCAAAUGUCGCCGGUGAGAUCUUGAGCAAGUAUGCCAGAGGCCGAGAUGGUGAAUGCUGCCUUUAUCCGCCUAGCAAAGGGAGCGCUUGGACUGUCCUGGCCAUCUCUUUCUUCUCUCUCCUUCUUAUCCUCACUUUCCUUUUGCUUGCCUUCUUUGCUCCCAGACACUGGACCCAAUGGCGAGGGAGCCACUUCCGGACCAUCCGGGUUGAUGCAAAGCUCGUCCAUUCUCUCCCCUCCUUCCCCUUCACUGAUUCUUCUCACCACAAGGCCGGUGACACUUGCCCAAUAUGUCUCGAGGAUUAUACAUCUGGAGAAACCCUCAGACUUCUCCCAUGCCAACAUGCUUUUCACUUGAGUUGCAUCGACUCUUGGCUGACAAAAUGGGGUACAUCUUGCCCUGUGUGCAAGCAUGAUAUAAGAUCCGAUACUUUGUCUUCUGAGGUACAUAAACGAGAGUGUCCGAGAACAGAUACAAGUACGAGUCGGUUUACCUUUGCUCAAUCCAGUCAAGGUAGAGAAGAAGAUGUCUCAAACAAUCUCCAGCCCAAAGGUAGAACAAGUUGUAAGUGUUGAUGUGAGCCAAGCCAAGGCUCUCC